AUGGCGCAGCCGCUGAAGAGGGCCAAGCUGAACAGCGAACAAGCACAGAACAUCUACUUCCAAAGCGAAAACAACAUGAGCGUGCACAACAUCUCGAUGAAUGCUACCCUGUGCUCCUCCCUGAACUUGGAUAAUCUGUACAAACACUUUGCUAAUUGCAUUUACAAUCCUCGAGAAUUCAAGUGCAUGCGAAUUGACGUACCUGUGAGUACUCGUAGUAUAAAGAAGUACGUGCGGUUCAUACGUGAAAAGGGGGAGAGGCAGAAGAGGAGCGAAGGGUUUGUGGUAUCCUCUGAUGGGAUUCAUGUAGUUACACCUCCAAAGGGGGGAGAGGUCACAAUUAACAAGGGCGAUGCCACCAUUAACCAGGGAGAGGACGCCAUUACGCAGGGGGAGGUCACCAUUACGCAGGGCGAUAUCACCCCCCAAGAGCAGAACCAUACGAACGAAAAAAUUAUUAUAAACGUGUCCCUUUUUGCCAAUGGGAAAAUCAUUUGCACAGGAAAUAAUUCCAUCGAGGCUUGUAAAAUAGCUAUGAAGAAAAUUGAAAGAAAGUUGAAGCAACUGAAUUUUAAAAACAUAAGUAUAAAAAAUGUUACUAUAACAAAUAUACUGGCUGUGUAUAACGUUGGUUUUUCCAUCGUGUUACCCCUGUUCGCGCAGUACUACAAAAGUGUCGACUAUGACCCCAAUGUGUUUCCGGCAUGCAAGGUGAAAAUCGCUCUCAUGAAUGAGAACGAGCGGGACACGUCCGAGGCGAACGAGCAAGCCGAAGGGAACCUGGCCUGGAGCAGCGCCCGGAGCACUGCGGAAAGGAGCCGCAUCAAAGUGGACGUGGUCUCAGCGAGCAUAUUUUCCACGGGCAACAUAACCCUAACGGGGGGCAAGAGCUACCAGAACCUCCAGAGGUGCAUCGACAUUCUGUAUCCCUACUUGAUUAAAAGCAAAUCGCAGCACUGA